CUCCACAGACACACUGCUGUGUGCCAGGCCCGCCUGCGAAGAUGCUGAGAAUCACCAUCGGCCUUGCCCUUCUCUUGGCAGUGGUCCAAGUCAGCCACUGCCAGCGAAUCAAAAGAUUGACAGCUUGCUUGACCGAUCAAGCCCUGCGGAUAGACUGUGCCUAUGAGCGGAAAACCUCUAACCCCCUGAGCUACGAGUUCCGCCUGUCCAAGGACACUGGGGAGGGGACGGUCAUCGCUGGCAACGUCAAAGUGGCAAGUGCUGUGUAUAAGUCUCGCACCAACAUCACGACCACCGACAGCCUCGUGUGUCUGUAUCUCAACGGCUUCACCACCAGCGAUGAGGGCGUCUACACAUGCAAGCUGAAAAUCACCAACGAUUAUGAAGACAUGCAGUCCAGAAACAUCUCUGUGGUCAAAGCCCACUUGGCAAGAUGCGCCGGGAUUAGCCUCUUCGUCCAGAACACCUCCUGGCUUCUGCUGCUCCUGCUAUCACUGCCUCUGCUGCAAGCUGUGGAUUUUGUGUCACGGUGAAGGAAGAAGAAAACCAGCAAGGGGGAGA